UAUUUUGGUGACGGACACUUAAACAUUUUCCCCGUGGUUGUCACGCCGGGAAUAAAAGGCGCUUUAAGGGCAUCUGAAUUUCUAUAAACACGGAUCAGAUUGUGAAGAAAUGACCUUACGAAGCCUCGGUGUUGUUGUUUUGUGCCAGCGCGCGGCUGUGCUCAGGGUCACGUGCAGGGAUAUGAGUGCAGCUGCUAACCCACAAACCCAGUCAGAUUUCCUGAGAGGAAAACCACACAGGAAGCAUCCAGGUGUGACCAACCUGAAAACUCUGCGGCUGCCUCAAGAACUACAGAUUGCUGCACAGUCGGUUAUCCAGCGAGCAGAAGUGGCUGAGCUCUCUGAACGCGUCCGCAAACUCACCAAUUUCCUGUGGAGCAGGAAGCGGCUGAUUGAAGAUGUGGCUUUGAGGAAAAGAGCUGUAAACUUGGAGAAAGAACUCUGGGGGAAAGCCAUGCUGACAGGGCCGGACGUAGACGAGGACUUGCUGAACGAUCGCAUCAGGAAGAAAGUUCUGUCAGAGCUCAGAAGAACAACAUAUCACUGGACACCACUGAAGUACGAUGAGGAGCUGGGAGUGGUGUACAUGGCAGCUCGGCUGGCUGGAGGCUACGCAGCAGUGAAGAGAGCUCUGCAUGAGAUAAAGAAAAGAGAUCCUUCGUUUGCUCCUCAGUCUCUCCUGGAUUUCGGUUCAGGCCUGGGAACAGUUGCAUGGGCAUCCCACUCUUACUGGGGUGACUCUUUAAAGGAGAUGGUGUGUGUGGACAGCUCCGGCUCAAUGAACAACCUGGCUGAACGGCUUCUCAAAGGUGACGAUGAAGGAGCUGCUCCUCACAUCAAACACGUCUAUUUCAGACAGUUCCUGCCUGUUUCUCCUAAGGUGCAGUUUGACUUGGUGGUCUCAGCGUUCACCCUGUCAGAGCUUCCUGGUGUGAAGGAUCGAGAAGACGCCGUGUUCACUCUUUGGAGAAAAACCAGCUCAUAUUUGGUUCUGGUUGAAAACGGGACAAAGGAGGGUCAUCAAAUGCUGAUGGAGGCCAGAGACGCUUUACUGAAGAAACAAGAGAAGACGGUACACGACCCCAGGCCGGCGUCUGUCUUUGCUCCGUGUCCCCAUGAACUCACAUGUCCAAAACUAACAAGUCAGACGGCCGUACCCUGCAACUUCCUGCAGUUCUACCAGCCUCUGCUGCUCCCUGGGCAUCACCAGAGUCAGACGGAGAAGUUCAGCUUCCUGGUUCUGAGCCGCUCGCGCCCGGCGGCGGCGGCGGAGGGCGUGGACUGGGCCCGGCUGAUCGCGCCGGUGCUGCGCAGGACGAGACACGUCCACUGCCGGAUGUGCUGUCCCGACGGACAGCUGCAGCACGUGGUGGUGACGGCUCGGAAACACAGCAGAGACGUGUACCGCUGCGCCCGGAGCAGCGACUGGGGGGAUCAGCUGCCGCUCAUUCCAAACGCCCAGGAAGACGUCAGUGACUCGGAAUGACGGUCCUGAUAUGAAAACACACGUUUCCUUUGGAACUUACGCAACAUUACGUCAUAAAACUCAGACGAGCACAGCAGCGUUUGGUUUCACAUGAAAUCUCAUUGGGUUUGUUGAAAUAUGGGUUUGUUGAAAUACUGUCAAAAAUACUCCAGAAAUAAGUUUCAUCUACUUUGUACUGAAUUGUGGCAAUGAAGCACUAAAACUAUGACAUGUACAUGUGUUGAUGCUCCACAUUAGUUUGUCUAAAUGAGUUUUAUUCAUUCAGAGAGACAAGGCAUCAGU